AUGGUCUACCGCCUCAUCGUGGCGCGGGGUGACUCUGGGUGUCGAACUGCGAAGUACAGCGGAGGUUUAUCCUCCAGCAGGGUCUCCCAUGCUGAGAAAGAGUUCUACGAUUCCGGUUUCCCGGAUGCCCAGCUAAGAGUAGGUCAUGCCAGAAGCGCCACCGUCUGGCAGAUUCAAGUCGCUAGGUGGCACAUGUCUCGUGAAGGUCAGUGA